ACAGACAGAGAACCACACACAAGCCUCAAAUUUCAUUCUAACCUUCACACAAGGUCAGUGGGAGGUAUUGAAGACUUUAAAUCCGCCAACAGUGCUUCUUUUGCAGCAGUGUCUGCCUCUUCAUUUCCCAAAAUUAAGAAAUGGAGGGAGGUGCAGUGGAGACAAGACAAAAUGUUAAAUACUCUCAAGACAUUUAAAUACUGUAAUGAAGUUGAAGAGCUCCAUUUCCUCCUGUAUGGACUAGUUGGAUCAGGAAAGUCCAGCACCAUAAACACCAUCAGAACCAUUUUUGAAGGACGUCAGUUUGUCAACUGUCUGGCUGCUGCAGGAUCUGCUAAGAGUCAGACUCUAUGCUAUGAAAGUUUUAGAUUCACAAAUGAAGGUUCAUUUCCUUUUGCUUUCCAUGAUAUAAUGGGUGCGGAAGUAGAAGAAAAAGAUGGGGUCCAGACUCAAGAUAUCAUCAGCGCUUUAAAAGGUCAUAUGAAAGAGGGUUACACGUUUAACUCUAACUGUCCAUUGACUACAAACAACCAUUAUUACAAUCAAAAUCCCAGCCUGAGUGAUCAGAUGCACUGCCUGGUGUAUGUGAUACCAGUCGACCAGAUUUCAAUGAUGAACUACGAUUUUAUCGAAAGAAUGAAGAGUGUCAGAGAAACAGCAAGCAGAAUGGGAAUCCCUCAAGUGGUUUUCAUGACAAAAGUAGACUGCGCAUGUCCAAUGACAAAGGAGAAUUCGCAAAAUAUCUACAAAAGCAAAAGGAUCAGAGAUAAAAUACGGGAAUGCAGUAAUGCAGUUGGUGUGCCUGUGAACCGUAUCUUCCUUGUCUUGAUCUAUCAUGAGGAGACCCAUGUGAAUGAAGAUAUAAACUGCCUGAUGCUGGAUGCCUUAACACAGAUUAUACAUUGGGCUAAUGACUGUGUGGUCAAAAGUUCCAACAUCCAAAUUUUACCUCAGCAACCAAUCCAAGAAUAAAGAGACUUCACACAAAUUAUGAAAAGCAGAAUGGCAAACAGUCCUGCAUAUCUAAUGACUAAUUGUCACGAUUCCCCCUUGAAGCAGCGUGCUCUAAGUGCGAAUGCGCGAGCACCUGCUUUUCUGCUGUUGACCGUAGUGACAUUGGGACACGUGUGUUUUUGUUUAUGUUUGUCAUGUCUCCUCCCUGUUCCGUCAUUGGCUGGGAAUUCACGUGGGUCUGUAUUGCUCCCAGCUGAUAGCAGUUUAUACGCUAAUCAGGUCCGCAUAUAUACCGUGCUUCCCAGCACACAACGCGGAAGAUUAAGUAAGAAGUCGUAAGUCGUAAGUAAAUGGUUAGCGUUAGUUUAGUUCGCGUCAUAGUCAUAGUCAUAGUCAUAAGUUAGUUCGCGCUGGAUUCUCCGCUUCCAGUCCCUCGUUCUAGUUCGUGUCUUGUUUUGGUUAUCGACCUAGAUUCCUGCCUAGCCCCAUGUAUGCCUGUUUGCCAAUCGCCUGACCUCUUGCAUGUUUACGGAUUACGUUUUGGAUCACGUUUUGGAUUUGUCUGCCUGCCUGUCUCUACAAAUAAACAACUGUUAUCCUGCACUUGCAUCCGCCUUAUCUCUGCUCCGUCACGAUGUGUGACAGAAUCUUCCGCCGAAACAUGGAUGCAGCAGGAGAACGGAGGAGACGCAGAACCCGGAAGUCGACGCCCACCGUCCCUGCUAUGGACUCAGUCCACUUCCCACAAUGGACAAUUAUGGAGCUUCCUGAUCCAUUUGAUGGAUUUAUCGGUGCCCCAGAGUAUUUCCUGGUAGACUGUCAAUUCUAUUCUAUUCUAUCCAGCCUGUCAGACCCUAAGCCAGAGGAGAAGCACUGGCUCCGAUUCAUGUGGUCCCGGUUCUUUGGACCGGCCCGUCAAUGGGUGCAGCUCAAACUGGAUAAACACUGUAGGAACCUGGACAGUGUAGAACAGUUUGUGGGGGAAUUCAUGAUGCGAUUCGGGAGUCCGGAGGCAAAGGAGGAGCUAGAACGACUUCUCAGGGGGGUAAGUCUGGAAGGCGAACCUGCCCUGCCGUUUACCCACUACUACAGGCAACUUCAUGCAGAGCGCAACUCUGAGAUCCAAGUCAAGCCUCCAGUCCCUGAGAUCCAAGUCAAGCCUCCAGUCCCUGAGAUCCAAGUCAAGCCUCCAGUCCCUGAGAUCCAAGUCAAGCCUCAAGUCAGGAAGGUCCAAGUCCCAGUCAAGUCUCAAGUCAGGAAGGUCCAAGUCAAGCCUCCAGUCCCUGAGAUCCAAGUCAAGCCUCCAGUCCCUGAGAUCCAAGUAAAGCCUCCAGUCCCUGAGAUCCAAGUCACGCCUCCAGUCCCUGAGAUCCAAGUCACGCCUCAAGUCAGGAAGGUCCAAGUCAAGCCUCCAGUCCCUGAGAUCCAGGCCCAGACUCCAGUCCCUGAGUUCCAGGUCCAGCUUCCAAUCCUUGAGCUCCAGGUCCAGCCUCCAGUCAGGAAGGUCCAGGUAAAGUCUCACGUCCCUGACGCCCAAGCCAAGCCUCCAGGCUUUGACGCCCAAGCCAAGCCUCCAGGUUCUGACGCCCAAGCUCUGCUAAUAUCUCGGCCUAAGGACCAAAUGCUGCUCACACCCAAGUCUACCGACCCGGUUGCCCCAGUUCAACCCACUGACACGCACAGCCAAGUUUACAAAAUGAAUAGCUUUAAAAAAAAAAAAAAAAGAAAAAGAAAAGAAAAGAAAAACAGUGGAUGAAGUAAUCAUUUUCUGCUCCAGGUGCUACAGCAGAUAUACAUUAAAUUAUUCAAAUAAAAUGUCUGUGAUAGGCACCAAUAAAAUGUUACUGAAAUGAAAUUGUUCAUAUCAAAAUUCAGCUACGUUCUCAUUGAAUUGAACACUUUUUGAACACAAUUGAAAAAAUUCAAGAACAACAUGUGUAUUUAGAGUUAUGAAAGUGUUUCAGUAAAUAUUCCCAAGGUUGCAGCAAGCUCUAGAUCAAGUCACAAUACCAGAGUUUCUUCUGCUACCUCAUCUACUUUAUUAAAUGUUGAAGCACAGCUUUGAUAGUGCAUGCUGUAGACCUCAGUAAGAAACAACUGCUGAAUAUGAAAGAAAGAAAUACAAAAAAACAACAAGCAUACAAAACGCGAAUGCUAUUGUAAAUGUUAACACUAUAUGUUAACACUACACAAAAUCAGUUUAUUUAAGUCCCCAAACAAAAUGCUUAUGGACAUAAAAAUUGCAAAAUCCAUAUCAAUAUUAAAGAAUUAUUAUUAAAUUAACCAAAAAUUCUACAUGCACACAGACUUUUCCCCUCCUGAUUAAAUGGGCUGUUUCUCAUUACCACCAAGACCAUUAUGAGGAACAGUUUCAGUAGAACAGAUGGAAUGGUUUGCAAUUAUUAACAGGAAAGUUAAAAUGCUGAACUAAUAAUGUUGCAUAUUACAAAUCUAACAGACAAUCAAACAACUUUCAAGCAUACAAGAGGCAUGCUUGAUGAUUGUCUGAUUGUGUAUUAGGACUGUGCAUCUAAUACAAAAAUAUAAGCACUACUAAGUUCAAUAUAUGCGUCAAAACAAAAGUAAUAAAAAAUAUAUGAUUGCCAUAUUCUACUACUCAUUAUUAUUUUCUAUUACUCAUCAGAAAUGAAUGUUAUCUUUCAUUGAUCUACUAGUAUAUUCAGUAAUUUCAUGCCUGGAGAUACAUAUGUGACAUUCACACUAAAACUGCAUAAUUAGGAAUGCGCUCACUGUCACGUCUCGAGACGUAACGAAGAUAGGGAUGCAGUUUAACAGUUUAUUAAAUGUGAGACACAGGCAGGUAAAUCCAAACUGUGAUCAGAAACGUAAUCUAUAAACAUGCAAAGGUCAGGCGAUCGGCAAACAGGCAUACACGGGGCAAAGCACGAAUCAAGGUCAUGGUCACGGAAUACAGGGUCGAUAUACAAAACAAGAAACAUGAACUAUAACGAGGAACUGGGAGCAGAGAAACCAGCGUGGACUAAAUGCACUAAUCUAAACAUGGAACAUGACAAGGACAAUAACUAAGACUAUGACUGCGAUAAACUAUCGUGUGGAAUCUAAACUAAUCUAACCUACUAUAUCUAACGUAAGUAUCUUAUCUAUUCUAUUCUAUUCUAAUAUUCCGCGCCAUGUGCUGGGAGGUAAGCGGUAUAUAUACAAACAUAAUCAGCGUCAAUUGCUGACAGCUGACACCAAUCUAAACGCACGUGAAAUAACAGCCAAUGACAGAACAGGGAGGAGACAUAACAGAAACAUAAUAAAAGCAUGUGUCCAAUGUACACAAUGUCACGAUUGUCAACAUAUGAAAAGCAGGUGCUCGCGCACCUUGCUCGUGCAUGAGUGCCCACAUGUUCUCCAGUGCACUGUUUAAAGGGGAAACCAUGACACUCACAAGUGGAUAAAUCUAAAAAUUCAAUUUUCAUGUUGUAGUGUGGAUAAAGGAAAACACGACCUUCUGAAAAUUCUGGCAUAUGAUUAUCAUGUAUCCUUCAGACUUUCUCAUUUUUGUAUUGCAGGCUCUUGUCUUUUAAUGUGUAUUCAGAUUUCGUUUAUGCCAAAGUGUGGAUCAUGAUGAUACUGCAUACAAACAUUUGUUUUGCAGUAUUUUUUCUCCCUCUGGUAUCAUUUUCAUCCCACCCGCUCCCCCUUACAAAAAAUAGAAUUUCAGAUCCAUCCAUCCAUCCAUCCAUCCAUCCAUCUUCUAUACCGCUUAUCCUUCCAUCAGGGUCACGGGGGAACAGGGAGCAUGGGGCACAAGGCGGGGUACGCCUUUAACAGGGUGCCAAUCCAUCACAGGUUGUUUUCCAUCGCCCAUGUUUUACACGAACUCAGACAUACAAACGUUCAAUCUGCACCAAACUUCACAUGUUUUGUACAAAACUUGCCCUGCAUGCCAAUAUUCAGUUAUAGCCAUAGCACCACCUACUGGUAACAGGAAGUGACACAUUUUACACUAAUGUAUUCCUAGCAACGUAUAAAAAUAUGCCACCAAAUUCUAAACAUGCUAGCAACAUGCUAGAUAUAUGUUAAAACAUACUAGCAACAAUUAGCUAAGUGCUAAACCGUGCUAUUAAUCAUAUUAAAAAGGAAGUUGUUACAACUCAAGCAUACAAUGCCUUAUCUUCCCAAAACCUCUUUUGAUAAGAGUCCUGGCUUGAAGACACCUACAUGCCAAUAUUCAGUUACAGUCAUAGCACCACCUACUGGCAACUGGAAAUUACAUGUUUUACAUCAUGAUACACUCCUAACAUACAAGUGCUUUAAAAAAAAAAAAAAAAGAAAGAAAAAGAAAAAAAGAAAAGAAAAUAAAAGAAGAAAAAAAAGAGGAAUGGCUUUCCCUUGGCAGAGCAGCCCCAACAUGCAGUUGGGUGCAAGGGCCAAUUCAUUGCUGUUUGCAGCUUUCAUUUUAUUUAUAUUUUAUGAAUUUAUAAUAUCUUUUUUAUUAUUUAAAAAAAAAUAAAAAAUUAAAUGAUUUAGGCUA